AUGGCCGCCGGCGGCCGGCCGUGGCGCGUGAUCCCGCGUCCUGUACUCGAAACCGUCCUCCACAACCACGCACUCCGCCCGCGCGUACCACAGCCGCUCCUUUUCCACGGGUCCCGCGGCGUCGGCAAGUCCACGCUACUCCUCCACCGCCUCCUCCCGCGGUGGUCCGACCCGCCCCACGCCACCGCAUUCGUCGACUUCCUCCACCCCACGCCGAGUUCUCCCGCCGCUGCCCCGUGGUCCCUCCUCCCCGCCGACCCAGCGUCUCCCCCCUCGCUGCACGACCUCCGCCUCCGCCUCGAGUCCGCGCUUGAGGGCCUCGCCCGCGCCGCCGUCCUCUGUGGCGCUGUGGGCUCUAAGGACGUGCUCGCCGCGCUCUCCCGCAACCACGGCCUCAGCACCGCGCUCUCCCGCCUCUCGGGGCCCUCCACCACCCGCUCCUCGGCCGCCUCUGUGCCAGCCCGCCGCUCUUCGGCGACCUCCGUGCCGGCGCUCUGGUCGAGGGCCGUGCUCGCCGCGGUGCGCAGGGACGACAACGCACUCCGCAUUGGCGAGGGAGAGGCGACCAACUGCUCCAUGGAAGAGAGGGCAUACAUGCAGGAGGCAAUGGCGUCCUUGCGAGUGGCUAAGGAGGUGCUUGGAAUGCAGGAGGGGUGGAGGAAGGAGGCAAUUAGGGAUAUGAAUAGAACUGGGCGGUUCUCGCGCUCCUUAGCCAAUUCGGCUACUGACUGGCCGUGCCUGUUGCUGGAUGUUCUGUCGGGUGCUGCAGAGGAGGAGUUCUUCCAGCCAAAGCUGGUCCUGAACAAUGUGGAUGUUUUGAGAAAGGCAAUUUGUGAGGAUGAGACGAUGGUGCCAGCGGCGAUGUACCAUGAUAGCUUCAUUUGGAGGGUGAUUGCACUUGGCGCGAAUGAACAGUGCUUGCCAGUUAUUAUGUCGACUUCAGAUGGGUACUAUUCUUCCCAAGCGUUCGUUGAUUUUGGUUUUCCGAACAUAUUUAUUUCUCGUGAGACAUUUGGUUGGACGGCACAAGAAGCUAAGCUGCAUAUGGUUUCUGAAUUCUUCAGUGAACAGGAGUGGAAAGUUGUAGAUGAGGUUCUUGGGCCAAACCCACGGCAGUUAUCUGAGAUAUAUAUGCUAAAGCAAAAGGCGAAUAGCCCAGAGGUUCUUCAUGACAGAAAUAUUGAGGAAAUUAUUGAUACGUACCUGGCACACUUGCAAGUCUCUGUUGUUAAUCCAGCCAUGGAGAAGGCACUAAAAAUGCUGCAGAAGUUUGCCUCAGAUGUCCGUGAGGGUAAAGUACCAGAGAACAGAUUGUCUUUUGGUGCACCCUGGAGACAUCCACCUCGGGAUGACAACCCUGACUUGUCCUAUAAAUGGGCGAAGAUUCAGCUAAUGGAUUUUAUCCAAUCCUUUGUGAACACUGAGUUUGGGGUGAACUACCUAGCAGAUGACAGCUUAGAAAUAUUGGAUGAUCCUGCUGCUGUUGCCAUGAUGGAGGCUUGCUCAACAGAGGUUACAAUUGAACAUUCAAGAAACGCUAGCAUUCUUUUGGCAACGUUUGAUACGGGGGCGAAGCUACCGCCACUUGAUGAAAGAAGUUGGCUACAAGUAAAGAGCUGUUUACUGCAGUGUGGUCUGGAAGCUUGGAAUCAAUUUCAGGAAGCCAUCUCCGUUCGCCCAGCUGCCACAAGCACGACCGCCCUCUGCAAGUUGAAGCCUCAUGCCUCGUCCACCGCCUUGAGGCUCGGUCCACAUAAUCCUUUGCCACAGAUCUGCGGCCUCAAGAUCGAUUUAGGCGGCGUGGAUUUGGCAAAACUAGGGCUGGCUUAUUGCGUGCAAGAGGGCUCGAUGCCCGUAGCUGUCCAUGUGAGUGAGGUGCAGAUGACGAGCGAGCUGUGCGAUCUAUGGACUGCUGCUGUUUGGACGGCGGAGCUCUGUGGAAGAAGCUUGUACGAGGCCAGACAUUUCACCCAAACCUACAUUUUACGGCUGUAUUCUAGUGCACAAGAUACUACAAUCGGAAACUAA